GGCGAAAACAUACCCGGGAAAGUAGCUGUAUGAGGAUAAGCUAAAAACAAGCAGAAUCUCCGGCCACUCGCUCCAGCAGUCAAGUCAACACAGCUACCUCCGCUGUACCUCUUUCCACUCGCACUCCGCACCAUUUCUGCUUUUACUAGUAUUUCUCGUUUUACUUACUCAAAAGUCUAAGCAAGACUCAUCCCCGCCAGCCCCGCAUGAUAAAACCAUUAAUCAUCGAACCCAUUUGUGUAACCGAAAAGAAAGGCCUCCUGAAACUGACAAAGUUUCCGGCUAUAACUGGCCCUUUUUAAGUGAGGAUCGCGUGUACGAUCAUUGGCCUCAUAGGUGACUGAACACAAGCCAAGGAUGGCUAACAAGUUGAUGCUGCUGAUUUUUGUUGUGGGUUUUGCUUUGUGCGUGGAAUCAAAGUAUAUGGUCUACAAUACCAGUGCCAAAAUUGUGCCUGACAAGCUUAAUGUUCAUUUAGUUCCUCAUUCUCAUGAUGAUGUUGGAUGGCUCAAAACUGUUGAUCAGUACUAUGUUGGUUCCAAUAAUUCAAUACAGGGUGCUUGCGUGCAAAAUGUGCUGGAUUCUCUCAUUCCGGCAUUACUGGCGGAUGAGAAUCGAAAAUUCAUUUAUGUUGAACAGGCCUUCUUCCAGAGAUGGUGGAGGGAUCAGAGUCCUGCAAUGCAGAAGAUAGUCAGGCAACUAGUCGAUGGCGGCCAACUAGAGUUCAUAAAUGGGGGCUGGUGUAUGCAUGAUGAGGCAGCAACUCAUUACAUUGACAUGAUAGAUCAGACAACAUUAGGUCACAGAUACAUCAAGGAGCAGUUCAAUGUGACUCCAAGGAUUGGUUGGCAGAUUGAUCCAUUUGGACAUUCUGCAGUUCAGGCCUACCUUUUGGGGGCAGAGCUUGGAUUUGACUCUUUUUUCUUUGGACGCAUUGACUAUCAAGACAGAGCAAAACGGAAAGCUGAGAAGGCUCUUGAAGUUGUCUGGCAGGGUUCUAAGAGUUUGGGUUCUUCAGCACAGAUAUUUGCUGGUGCAUUCCCAGAGAAUUAUGAACCCCCAAGUGGUUUUUACUUUGAAGUAAAUGAUGAUUCUGAUAUCGUGCAGGAUGAUAUGAAUUUGUUUGAUUACAAUGUUCAAGAUCGUGUGAAUGAUUUUGUUGCUGCUGCUUUUUCACAGGCUAAUAUUACUCGAACAAAUCAUGUCAUGUGGACCAUGGGAACAGAUUUCAAGUAUCAGUAUGCUCGGACAUGGUUUCGGAACAUGGACAAGCUCAUUCAUUAUGUCAAUGAAGAUGGCCGCGUCAAUGCAUUAUAUUCAACACCAUCAAUUUAUACUGAGGCAAAAUAUGCUUCUAAAGAGUCCUGGCCUCUUAAAACUGAUGAUUAUUUCCCAUAUGCAGACCGCAUUAAUGCUUAUUGGACUGGAUAUUUUACCAGCAGACCUGCAAUUAAACGCUAUGUUAGAAUCUUGAGUGGGUACUAUUUGGCAGCUAGGCAACUCGAAUUUUUCAAAGGAAGAAAUGAAGCUGGACCAAGCACUGACUCAUUGGGUGAUGCAUUAGGGAUUGCUCAACAUCAUGAUGCUGUCACUGGAACAGAACAGCAACAUGUGGCAAAUGACUAUGCCAAACGUCUAUCAAUAGGUUACAAGGAGGCUGAAGAUGUGAUUUCUACUUCACUCGCUUAUAUAGCACAAUCAUCAUCAGAGUCUGGACUUAAAUUACAACAGUGCCCACUUCUGAACAUAAGUUAUUGUCCUCCAUCUGAAGUUAAUUUAUCUCCUGGGAAAAAAUUAGUGGUCGUGAUCUAUAACUCCUUGGGGUGGAAAAGAUCCGAGAUUGUGAAAAUUCCUGUUGUCAGCGCGAAUGUCAUUGUUCAAGAUUCCACUGGAAAAGAAAUCGAAUCACAGAUCCUUCCUGUAGUUGAUGCUGCAAUGGCCCUACGGGAAUUUUAUGCAACUGCAAAUGUUGGAAAAUCCCCUGUAGGAGGCCCCCUAUAUUGGCUUGCUUUCAAAGUGGUGGUUCCUCCUCUAGGUUUUAGCACAUACACUGUCACUAGUGGUAAAAGAGCAGCUACUACUUCAGUAAGGGAGAAGUUCUACAGAUCUGAUGGGAAUCAAAAUGAUGCUAUUGAAGUAGGGCCUGGGAAUUUGAAGCUUGUAUACUCUGGAAGUGACGGAAAACUGACUGGAUAUAUUAAUGGCAAAAACAUGGUCAAGUCCUCUCUAGAGCAAUCUUAUAGUUAUUAUGUUGGAGAUGAUGGUACUAAGGAUGUUGCACCUGUGGUGCCUCAGGCUUCUGGAGCAUAUGUUUUCCGGCCUAACUCCACAUUUCCCAUCCAGUCUCAAGAAAAGAUACCAAUUACAGUUCUUAGGGGACCGCUCUUUGAUGAAGUUCAUCAGAGUGUAACUUCGUGGAUAUAUCAGAUUACACGAGUCUACAAGGAAAAGCAGCAUGCUGAGGUUGAGUUCAUUGUUGGCCCCAUACCCAUUAAUGAUGGACUUGGCAAAGAGGUAGUAACACAACUUACCACCACCAUCAAGAACAAUAAAACAUUCUAUACAGAUUCUAAUGGUCGAGAUUUCCUUGAACGGAUUCGGGACUACAGAUCUGACUGGAACCUUCAAGUGAACCAGCCUGUGGCAGGAAACUAUUACCCAAUCAAUCUUGGAAUUUAUAUGAAAGAUAAGGACACCGAGUUCUCAAUCUUGGUUGAUAGAUCUGUUGGAGGAUCUAGCAUUUUUGAUGGGCAAUUGGAACUGAUGCUUCACAGGAGACUGCUUGUUGAUGAUAGUAGAGGCGUUGCAGAGGCAUUAAAUGAAACAGUCUGUAUUCCUAGUGCAUGCAAAGGGCUAACCGUUCAAGGCAAGUUAUAUUUUAGGAUUGAUCCACUUGGGGAGGGAGCUAAGUGGCGUCGAUCAUUUGGACAGGAGAUAUACUCUCCACUUCUUCUAGCCUUCAGCGAGCAGGACGGAGAUGAGAUGACCAAUUUUAAAGUUCCAACCUUUACAGGAAUUGAUCCUUCCUAUAGUUUACCUGAUAAUGUGGCAUUGAUAACUCUCCAGGAGCUUGCAAAUGGAGAAGUUUUAAUUCGCUUGGCUCAUUUAUACGAGGUUGGAGAAGACAAGGACCUAUCAGUACCAGCAAGGGUGGAGUUGAAAAAGUUAUUUCCCAAUAAACAGAUUAUUCAAAUUACAGAAACAAGCUUAUCUGCUAACCAGAAGAGGGAAGACAUGGAAAAGAAAAGACUAGUUUGGUCAGCAGAAGGUUCAACUCAUAAAUCCCAAAGGGUUUCAAGAGGGGGACCUGUUGAUCCCAUUAAGUUGGUGGUCGAGCUAGCUCCAAUGGAAAUCCGCACCUUCUUGAUCAACUUCAGCAAAAAGUUGUCAACUCUGUGAACUGCAGAAAGGUACAAAAAAGCAUGAUGACCAGAGUGUAUUCUAGUGUUUUGCUUCAGUAAAGACUGUUAUGGGAAUAAGCGGCAACCCAAGACUCUCUUGAAGUUUUGCUGGAAUCAGUCAGCAAUAAUGAAGCGAAGAGGCAGGCAAAUUGUGCUGCUGCUUUCUUUUUGGGUCUUUUGGCCUUCUUUUGUGAAGUUGUCAUCAGAAUAAUAGCGCAUUAGGAAUAAUUUAGGUCCCAUGUUUAAGAUGUACUAUAUGCAGAAAUCGGCUGAUAUAGAUUUGCACCAUGUUUUAAUUUAUGAAUUAUUAUGCGAUAAUUGUCUGAACCGUUUGGCUAAUUAUAAUCAGUAAGGCAAAGUUUUCAUCAA